GUUGAUGUGGAGCCACUGACUUUGUUGCCUGUUAAGCUUGAGGAGGUGUUGGUACAACAAUGCACCUCCAGGCCUUAUCAGGUGGAUCAGGAAAAUUCAGUGCUGAAGGAAGACCCCAGUGAAGUCAGGACAGAGGCUAUAAAAAGACUUUUGGAAGUAUUUGGGAUUGAGGAACCUCCAAGUAUCCACUACUAUACUAAACAGGCUCCACAGUAUAUGAUUGAUCUCUACAACACAGUGGCUGAUGCUGAUGGUGUCACAAAGGACCCAGAUCUACUGGAGGGAAAUACAGUCCGCAGUUUCUUUGAUAAAAGUCACAGUAACCAGAUGGAGUUCUUCUUUAAUUUGUCCUCUGUAGCCAAGAGUGAGAGGAUUCUCACCGCUGAACUGCAUCUCUUCAAACUGAAACCCCAUGCAACAGAACUUGCAUUUUUUAACAGGCAUCACUUUUGCCAGGUGAGUGUAUAUCAGGUGAUGGAUAAGAACAGAAUCAGUCUACCCCAAGGGAAGAAACUCCUCACUUCCAGGCUCAUACCGAUCCACAGUUCUGGGUGGGAAGUGUUCACUGUAACACAAGCUGUUCGUUCAUGGGCCAACAAUGAAAACAGUAAUCAUGGCCUCUUUGUAACUAUACGUACUUUGGGUGGCAUUCAUCUCAAUCCUCAUUUAGCCCGCUUUGCCUCAGGAGAAGACCACCACCCACAGAGACAGCCCAUGUUAGUUCUAUUCACAGAUGAUGGGAGACGGGGAACAGUGUUACCAAAUUCUUUCCAAGAUUCAAAUACCCUAAACUCAGCUCUUCCCAGUGACCGUCUCAUAAGGCAGAAUCGAACACGGACAGCUCGUUCAUCAGGAGAGUAUGAUGAAGAGAUCAUGCCAUGCAAGAGACACCCACUUUAUGUUGACUUUGAUGAGAUUGGUUGGUCUGGAUGGAUCAUUUCACCCAGGGGAUACAAUGCCUAUCAUUGUAAGGGUUCCUGCCCAUUUCCACUUGGACAAAGCAUGAGACCUACUAACCACGCCACUGUGCAAUCCAUCAUCAAUGCUUUGAAACUGAACAAAGGUGUAGACACCCCUUGCUGUGUCCCAGACAAACUCUUCUCAAUUAAUCUCCUCUACUUUGAUGAUGAUGGAAACGUUGUCCUUAGACAGUACGAUGAUAUGGUGGCCGGCAGCUGUGGAUGCCAUUAA